AUGUUAUUAUCACAUCUAAAUAGUAUCUGCUUAAGACGUUCUAGUAAUGCAAACUUUAGACAAGGAGUGUUAUCUUUAAAACGCACAAACAAUUACUGCAUCGCUUUAAAUCCUCAAUGGUUAGAGCUAGCUAAAAAAGAAUUAAAAGGCAAAGAUCCAGAAUGUCUAGUUCAUAAAAACUAUGAGGGUAUUAACUACAAACCAAUUUAUACAACUGAAGAUAUUGUUGAUGUAAAUACAGAAGUACCUGGAAGCUACCCUUAUACACGUGGCCCCUAUGCUACCAUGUAUACACAAAAACCUUGGACUAUUAGACAGUAUGCAGGAUUUUCAACUGUCGAAGAAAGCAAUAAAUUCUAUAAGGACAAUAUUAAAGCAGGUGUUCAAGGAUUGAGUGUAGCCUUUGAUUUAGCUACGCAUAGAGGUUAUGAUUCAGAUAAUCCUCGAGUACAUGGAGAUGUUGGUAUGGCUGGUGUAGCCAUAGAUUCGGUUGAUGAUAUGGCAAGAUUAUUUGAUGGUAUCCCAUUGAAUAAGAUUAGUACAUCAAUGACUAUGAAUGGGGCUGUUUUACCGAUUUUGGCUUUCUUUAUUGUCGCUGCAGAAGAACAGGGUGCAAAACAAAAUGAACUGGCAGGUACUAUUCAAAAUGACAUAUUAAAAGAAUUCAUGGUUCGUAACACUUAUAUAUUUCCACCAAAACCUUCAAUGCGAAUUAUUAGUGAUAUCUUUGCCUAUACAGCAAAUAAUAUGCCUAAAUUUAAUUCAAUAUCUAUCUCUGGUUAUCAUAUACAAGAGGCUGGUGCAAAUGCUGUCUUAGAAAUGGCAUAUACAAUUGCUGAUGGCAUUGAUUAUUGUCGACUGGGUGUUAAUCAUGCUGGUUUAAAUAUUGAUGCAUUCGCUCCACGUUUGUCAUUUUUUUGGGGUAUUGGAAUGAAUUUCUAUAUGGAGAUAGCUAAAAUGCGUGCUGCACGUCGAGUUUGGGCAAAAUUGAUUAAAGAAAAAUUCCAGCCUAAAUCACCGAAAUCUUUAUUGCUUCGUGCGCAUUGUCAGACUUCAGGUUGGUCGUUAACAGAACAAGAUCCAUAUAACAAUAUUAUGCGUACUACAAUUGAAGCAAUGGCGGCUGUAUUCGGUGGAUGUCAAUCAUUGCAUACAAAUUCAUUUGAUGAAGCUCUCGGUUUACCAACAAAAUUCUCCGCCAGAAUUGCUCGUAAUACACAAAUCAUUAUACAAGAAGAGACAGCUAUCACUAAAGUGGCUGACCCAUGGGCUGGUUCAUUUAUGAUGGAAAAGCUAACUAAUGAAUUGGAAAAAGCAGCUUUGAAAGAAAUUGAAGAGAUUGAACAUAUGGGUGGAAUGGCGAAAGCCAUUGAAUCUGGUAUUCCAAAAUUACGUAUUGAAGAGUGUGCAGCUAAACGACAAGCUGCUAUUGAUUCUUGUCAAGAGGUCAUUGUCGGUGUGAAUAAAUAUCGAUUAGACAAAGAAGAACGUGUUGAUGUUCUUGUAGUGGAUAACAGCAAAGUACGUGAAUCACAAAUUGCAAAGUUGAAAAAAGUUCGAGCUGAACGAGAUCAAUCGAAAUUCACCUCAAUUGUCAAGUACAUAAAAUUCAUCCAAUGAUCAUCUUUAUAACCACACUUUCUACCUAGUUAUGCUUUUAUAUUUCAAAGUGAGUUGAAUUAAAAAGGUAUGUGACUGAACUAUGUCGCCUAAUGCUGCAAUCAGAGAUGUACUACGUUUUCAUUCAGUUCUGAGACUAACCUCUUUUAUGAAUAUAGUAUUUACAUUGAUUGACCGCUGUGAUUUAAGCAGUGUCCUUCAGUCGUUGGUGUUGGUGAUGACUGAAUUCUGUUAGCCAGCUUUGUAAUAUACAGUCACCAAGCUAGGAGACUCGUCGUUCCCGUGUAGUUUGAAUUAUAUAUUGGGGCUAGGUUGAAGGCGAAUGUUUAGAAUCAUUGUGGCUUAACGUAGAAAAUAUUGGCUGGUGGUAUACAUGUCACUUUCUGUCGUGUUUUCUUUGUGUUUCAUUUUAUCAUUUAUUGUUCAAGUUUUCAUUAAUCGGUUUUUUCCUCAGUAGCAAUGCAUUUUCAAUCGACAGAAUGAUUCGAACAGAGUGAUAAUUCAUAUGAUAUGGUUUGAAUGAAUGACACACAUUCAUAAGAUGUAAUCAUCGAUGUCCUAUAAUCAGUGUGAUGCCUAAUUACAUCGGUGGUGACCAAGAGAAGCUGAUAAUUUAUUUUACUUCUGAAUGAAACUAGACUCGAACCGUGUUAUCCUAUAAGCAAUCUCUCUUUUUUAGGCGAUUCAGCUUCUGCCCCUCUUCUGUAGUAUGAAUACAUGCAAUAAUGAAAACAGGUAUUUGAGAGGUGUACAUAAUCUCUUUGACAAGAAAAAAAUAUACGCCAGCUGUUUAGAUGUCUUCUAAUCUUAUCCCCUUCUAAAUAACAUUGUCGUCUGCCUUUUACACGCC